GUGCCGUUGAGGUGGUUGGUGACUUGCUGCAGGAGUAUGCUCAGCAGGAGCGGCAGGCUAGUUUUGAGCAGUGGAGAGCCAGGCUUGAGGACAACGUGGUCCAGCAGAUGGCUUGGGUCAAGAAAAGGGCGGACGAGGCGCAUGCCGCGUCCAAGCCUCCGGGCCCGCUUGCAGCCAUUGAUUGCAUGCCUUUGCAGCGCAUCUUGGCUAGCUUGCCGCGGCCCGAGGGUGUGGCGGUUUCCCUGUCCAUCACGGCAGAAGGUCUUCGCAAAGCCACAAAAUGCAUGCUCCACAAGGCCUGCGGUCCGGACCAGUGGGACGCUGCGUCGCUGCUGAGGCUGCCGGGCCAGUUCUGGGAGGGCCUGGCUGCUGUGUGGAAUCAGGCCCUUUCCUGUAACAAGGCCGUGGACCUCAUCUUGGGCUUCGCAGCAUGUGUUUGGAGCGGUGCCGGGGGUCUCUACCACGGACUGUCAUGUCCGGUUGCUUGA